AUGAAGCUCUCCAUAGACUGGCUCGCCCUCUUCCUAGGGAGCUGGAUUACUUCAGUACAGUCUAUGUGUCCAACAAUCCUCGAGCCAGCAUAUCCUGCUCCAUCCCUAGCAGCAGGGUGGUCAGCUCAAUUAAUCGCCCAAGGUCUAAGUAGACCACGCACCAUUCUUUUCGACACGAAUGGAGGCCUUCUAAUUCUCCAACAAGGAGUCGGUAUCGCCCAUAUAAAAUGGACUGAUGAUGGAAGUACAUGUUUACAAAACCCAGUACAGACAAUCGUUGUUGGCUCUACUGUUGUAUUGACAAACGACGACUCAACCACCCGCUCCCUUCUCACCACCAAACUCACCCCCAACCAACUCCUCAUCUCCAGAGGCACAACCCUCAACAUCGACCCCGAAGCCGAACUCCCCUCCACAGGCCACUGCCAACUAAAAUCCUUCAACCUCUCCACCCUAACCCCCGAAUCCCCCCCCUACAACUUCACCACCUCAGGUCAUCUCCUCGCAACCGGUCUGCGCAAUUCAGUCGGUCUAGCCGAAGAACCCCUCUUCGGUGGUAUCUAUUCCGUUGAAAACGGGCCCGGAAACAUGACACGUAACAACAUCGACAUUCAUCUCUAUAAUCCAGGGGAAGAAUUAAAUUUCCACGGAUAUUUGAAUGGGAGUUCGGAGAAUCAAGGUGCUAAUUAUGGAUUCCCGUAUUGUUUUGCCGUGUGGAAUGAGUUGGAUGUGGGUGGGGGGUUGCGCGUCGGUGACCAGUUUAGUAUGGUGCAGAAUAAGUCGAGUAAUGAUACUUGGUGUAAUAAUGUGGAGGUGCAUGUUGCGCCUAAGUUGACGUUUGCGGCGCAUUCGGCCCCGUUAGAUAUGAUAUUUCUAGCAAACGGAACAGAGGCAUUUAUUAGUUUCCACGGAAGUUUAGAAACCACACCCCCCGUCGGCUACCGCAUCUCCUCAAUAACCUUCAACCCCACCACCGGUCUUCCUACUUCACCCUCCACAUCCACGAUAUCCACCAGUGACAUCAUCUCAAACUCAAACUCUUCAUUUUGUCCGGGUAAUUGUUUUAGACCGGUUGGUAUGGCGUUGGAUGGUUUGGGUAGAUUGUUUGUUAGUAGUGAUGCGACGGGGGAGAUUUGGGUUGUGGUUAGAAUGGGGAGUGUGGGGUAG